AUGACAGCAGAAGAGACUAUCAAUGUGAAGGAGGUGGAGGUCAUCAAGGUGAUCCUGGACUUUCUAAACUCCAGGAAGCUGCACAUCAGCAUGUUGGCUUUAGAAAAGGAGAGUGGGGUCAUCAAUGGACUCUUUUCUGACGACAUGCUAUUUCUCAGGCAAUUGGUACUUGAUGGGCAGUGGGAUGAGGUCUUGCAGUUCAUCCAACCACUUGAAUGCAUGGACAAGUUUGACAGAAAAAGGUUUCGUUACAUUGUUCUAAAGCAGAAGUUUUUAGAAGCUCUUUGUGUAAAUAAUGCUAUGUCUGCAGAGGAUGAACCACAAAAUCUUGAGUCCACUAUGCAGGAAGCAGUGAAAUGUCUUCAUGGACUUGAGGAGUUCUGUCCAUCAAAAGAAGACUACAGUAAACUGUGUCUGCUGCUCACUCUGCCUCGACUGACCAAUCAUGCUGAAUUCAAGGACUGGAAUCCCAGCACAGCUAGAGUCCAGUGCUUUGAAGAGGCCUGCAUAAUGGUCGCAGAGUUUAUUCCUGCAGACAGGAAGUUAAGUGAAGCUGGGUUUAAAGCCAGUGGAGACAGACUCUUCCAGCUGCUUUUGAAGGGAGUUCUCUAUGAAUGCUGCGUCGAGUUUUGCCAGAGCAAGGCAACCGGGGAGGAGAUCACAGAGAGUGAGGUGCUGCUGGGAGUGGACAUGCUGUGUGGUAACGGCUGUGACGACUUGGACCUGUCUCUUCUGUCCUGGAUGCAGAAUCUUUCCCACAAUGUGUUCACCUGCGCCUUUGAACAGAAACAGCUCAACAUCCACGUGGACCGCUUAGUCAAACCUGUGAAAACCGGCUAUGCAGACCUCCUUACCCCUCUUAUUAGCAAGCUGUCUCCUUACCCCUCCUCCCCCCUGCGGCGCCCACAGUCUGCAGACACGUACAUGUCCCGCUCUCUGAACCCGGCGCUGGACGGUCUGUCGUUCGGGCUCACGGGACAGGACAAAAGGGCAGGAGGGGGGGAGACAGGAGUGGGGAAAGGCGUGUCUCCAAUGUCUCACUCGUUUGCCAACUUCCACUAUCCUGGAGCAGGUGGACAAAGCCAAAGCCGUAGUCUCAUGAUGGAAACCUCUGAUUGCCACAGUAUAUUUGAGGAAUCCCCAGAAACGUCGAGGACAGAAACCCCGGUGGAGAAGAUGAUGAGCUCCGGCAGCACUCCAUCCACAAGACCGGCCUCAGCUCCGGGAGAGGACGCUCCGUCACCGGGCUCAGCUGACAUGAACGAGCUCCGUGACUCCACAGAGAAGUAUGAGGAGUUCUACAGGCAGCGGCUCCGUGUUCAGCAGCACCUGGAGCAGAAGCAGCAGCAGAGGCAGUUGUAUCAGCAGAUGCUGCUGGAGGGAGGGGUGCAGCAGGAGCCUCCACCGGCGGACAUGCACCACAGUCUGACAGAGAAGUUUCUGAACAGGUCCAUACAAAAACUGGAGGAGCUCAAUGUGGGCAUGGAGAAUUUAGGGGAGGACGUGAAGUCUUUGACCCAACAGUAUAAUGUGAAUGGAAACUCCCCUGGGCCCGAGAACAACAAUAACCCCCCGUUGACGAGCCCAGAGAAGAGCAGUGGGCAAGGAGGGGUGAUCAGCAGUACCCCUCAGCCCACACUAGGGGGUCGCACGGUCCCACCUCCCACUGAAUCUCCUGUCGCACAAAGCGGGCAGAAACUGAAAGGACUAAGUGACUCUCCCGGCCCACUGACACGGAGCAAAGAGGUUGACAAAUCCAAGGCCCUCUUUGUGGCAGUGAACACUCUGGAAGACUCUCAGGCGGUCCGUGCUGUCGCCUUCCAUCCGUCCGGGGCUCUGUACGCUGUGGGGUCCAACUCUAAAACCUUGCGAGUGUGUGCUUACCCCGACACAUUAGACAAAAGUGGGAACAGUCCAGUGAAGGCACCAACUGUGCGCUUCAAACGGAACAAGCAUCACAAAGGCUCUAUCUACUGCGUGGCCUGGAGUCACUGUGGAAAGCUCCUGGCCACCGGCUCCAACGACAAAUUUGUCAAAGUUCUGCCGUUCAGCGCUGAGACAUGCAACGCCACAGGCCCAGACCUGGAGUUCAGCAUGCACGACGGCACCAUCAGAGACCUGGCCUUCAUGGAGGGGCCGGAGAGCGGAGGGGCCAUCCUCAUCAGUGCAGGGGCUGGAGACUGUAACAUCUACACCACCGACUGUCAGAGAGGCCAGGGAUUACACGCCCUCAGUGGACACACAGGACACAUUCUCUCACUGUACACAUGGGGCGGGUGGAUGAUUGCCUCUGGAUCUCAGGACAAGACUGUGCGGUUUUGGGACCUGAGAGUUCCCAGCUGCGUUCGUGUUGUGGGAACUGCUUUCCACGGAUCAGGAAGCCCGGUGGCCUCUGUGGCGGUGGAUCCGAGUGCUCGCCUCCUCGCCACAGGGCAGGAGGACAGCGCCUGUAUGCUGUACGACAUGAGAGGAGGGCGCAUCGUGCAGGUUUAUCGCCCGCACAGCAGUGACGUCCGCUCUGUGCGCUUCUCUCCCGGAGCACACUACCUCCUCACCGGCUCCUAUGACCAGAAGGUUAUGGUGGCCAACCUCCAAGGUGAUUUGACAAAGCCGCUGCCUCUGACUGUUGUGGGGGAGCACGGAGACAAAGUGAUCCAGUGUCGCUGGCACACUCAGGACCUGUCGUUCCUCUCCUCCUCUGCUGACCGCACUGUCACUCUCUGGACGCACACUCAGUAG